CAGGACAAGUCUGUGGCAUUGCUAGAAGAACGAGAGACCAGAGAUGAUUAGGAAACUCCUGGAAUUUGUGCCAAUGCUAAUCAUUUUGGCUAUUCUGUGCCAGCAAAGUGUUGCUUCAUCUCCAACAGAAAGUUCUGUGAGUGCUAGGGGAGUUGAGUCUUCAGAUCAAGGAUUAAUAUCUGGUAUAAAAGUGUUGUACAAAACCUAUCAACAGUGCGAGAGACAAGAGGAUAUGUUUGCAUGUCUUAAAUUGAAAGCUUUAAAAUUUGCCGACCGCGCACUGAAAGUGAAGUCAAUACCACUCUUGGACGGCAUGGAACUUGUGGAAAAAGAUGAUGAAGAGGACGGUCGUCAGCUGAAUGAACCGUUGGUGGAAAUAGAUGAAGAAAAUCUGCCCACAGAUCCAGGGAAAAGGCAGGAGACUUUGGAUGACUUGUUAAUCGAUCGACUAUCGAGGUUCCUCAGGAGUCAUACUCUCCAGUUGAGCGUUCCCAAGUUUAUCAGUGCCCUGGACGACAAUGCUGGAGACAAUAUGUUAGAGGAAGGUCGUGCCAAACUGAAGAGAUAUGGCGGUGCUCUACUUUUGGGACUGCUCAUGAAAGGAACCAUGAUGGCUAUGGCUUAUAAGGGAGUAGCUCUUCUGGCUGGUAAAGCACUUCUAGUGGCCAAAGUGGCUCUUGUUCUGUCUGCCAUCAUAGGUCUAAAGAAAUUGGUGGGCUCCGGUGGCGAAGAGAAGGUCACAUACGAAAUUGUGAAGCACCCUCAUGUAUCCCACUCACAUUCAUACUCUAACGAACACUACGGGGGUGGACACUACGACGUUUCUGGAGGCGGAGGUGACCACUACAGGAGAAGUAUGGAGGGUUUGUACCCACAUCUGCUAGCGUACAGAGGACAGCAACAGAUGCAGGCCAACACACCUCAGAAACAGGCCCAGUAACACACAACAGUACCGAAAUUGUCAUAUGUUUCAGACUAUAACGUAUUUUAUUGACAGAGAAAUUUAUUAAAACCCGAAUGUGGAGUCGAUAUUGUGAUGAAUAUUUGUGAAACAGUGAGAAAAUAAUCGCAUAUAAUCGUAUUUUGACACAACGUUCAACAGCUGUUUGUUUACGUCAUUUUAAGGUACUCAAUUAUCUCUAUGAUAUUAUAUGCGUUAAGUCAUACAAGUGAUAUGAGUAUAAAAUACGAGAAUUUAAAUCUAAGUGAAAUUGCUACAUGAUGAAAAGUGAUAAUAUGACAAUAUUUUGACAAACAAUAUUUGUUAGGUCCUAUGAAAAUGUUCAUUUGUUACAUAAUAUUCAUAUUACUUGUCACUGGAUACGUUGGUAAUGAUAUACACCACGAAAUAUAUACAUUUCUAUUAGACCUGCUUCUACCAACCCCCUCCCCAAAUUGUAAUACUUUGACUCCACUGGCUAUGUUAUACAUGAUAAUUAUCUAUAUGACUUAUUCCUAUGAUUUCAACGUACAGACAAAAUGUAAUGUUUCUCUUUUUUGUUUGUUUGAGACAGAACAGUGAAAUGAAUUGUAAGCCCUGUACUCCUCACUAUCAAUAUUGGAAUUUCACUAAUAAUAUCUCAUUGCCGGCUAAAAUUUUUAGCCGUUGUGUGGACCAUCAUAAUUACAGUACACUGAACAGUUUCAACACGUAAUAUGGAAGAAUGAGUAGGACAAUGCAGAGAGCAUCAUAAUUUUAACCAAGCAUUCAUUAAGACAUAACACAAAAACAUCAUUUGACUUCUCUGACAACGAAUACAUUAACAAAAACAAAAUAUACAAUAAAGUCAAGAGGUCAUCUGUUAUCUUGAAUGAUACGUUGUCCUUUAUAGUUCAUUUUCAUAGUUGCACGUAAAUUAACAUUUAACACUCAUUUAGCUAUUUAUUCAUAAAUUAUUAACGUAAUGUAUUAUUUAUUACAGCA